CAAGCGAGGCGCCCCUUCUUCGACAUGGAUGUACGAUUUUAUCCCGCUGCCUCUGGAAGCGCUUUACCCGGAGACCCGUCCAAUCUGGAUUUUGCCCAGUGUUUGGGUUACUACAGCUACAAUAAGUUUGGCAACAACAACAGCUACAUGAAUAUGGCGGAAGCAAAUAAUGCAUUUUUAACUGCAAAUGAGCAAACAUUCCACACUCCAAGUCUUGGAGAUGAAGAGUUUGAGAUUCCACCCAUAACGCCACCUCCUGAGUUGGAUUCCACCAAUCUAGGAAUGGCAGAUAUACUCCUACCUUUCCAAGGCCUAAGUGACCAGCUAGCCAUGCAGGGGAAUGAAUUCACUCCCCAGUUUCCACCACAGAGCUUGGAUCUUCCUUCCAUUACGAUAUCCCGAAACCUUGUAGAGCAAGACGGCGUCAUCCAAAGCAAUGGGUUGCAUAUGGAUCACAGUCACACGGACGGGUCUCAAUACCGCCAAGACCACUCCUUGAUUAUGAGAUCUAUUGUCCAUAUGACCGAUGUUGCUCGUUCAGGAAUUAUGCCUCCUAACCAGCUGACCACCAUCAACCAAUCCCAGCUCAGCGCUCAACUGGGGCUGAAUUUAGGCGGUGCCAACCUGCCGCACACUUCGCCAUCCCCUCCCGCUAGCAAGUCAGCAACGCCUUCCCCGUCUAGUUCGAUCAACGAAGAAGACGCAGACGACUCAAACAGGACUACUGGAGAGAAGAGAGCCGCCCCGGAUUCUGGCAAGAAGCCCAAGACUCCAAAGAAGAAGAAAAAGAAAGACCCCAACGAACCACAGAAGCCGGUGUCAGCAUAUGCCCUGUUCUUCAGGGACACGCAAGCAGCAAUUAAAGGGCAGAAUCCCAACGCUACCUUUGGAGAGGUUUCAAAAAUUGUUGCCUCUAUGUGGGACAGCUUAGGAGAGGAGCAGAAGCAGGUAUAUAAAAGGAAAACCGAAGCGGCCAAGAAAGAAUACCUGAAGGCGCUCGCAGCCUACAGAGCAAGUCUCGUUUCCAAGGCUGCCGCAGAAUCAGCUGAAGCCCAAACCAUCCGCUCUGUCCAACAGACGCUGGCCUCCACCAAUCUGUCCUCGUCUCUCCUCCUGAACACGCCUCUUUCCCAGCAUGCAACCGUGGUGACGUCGCCCCAGACUCUGCAGCAGCCCCUCCCCCGGGCCAUCGCUCCCAAGCCAUUGGCCAUGCGGCUCCCCAUGAACCAGAUCGUCGCCUCCGUCACCAUCGCCCCCAACAUGCCGACAAACAUUCCCUCCCCCUUGAUCAGCUCCAUGGGAUCCGGCAUGGUGGGGGCAUCGGCCUCGGCCCCCUCCCAGGCGAGCCCGUCCUUGCAGAGCCAGCAGCACCAGCUGCAGCAGCUCCAGCAGAUGCAGCAGCAGCAGAUGCAGCAGCAGCAGCUGCACCAGCAGCAGCUGCACCAGCAGAUCCAGCAGCAGAUGCACCAGCAGCAUUUCCAGCAUCACAUGCAGCAGCACUUGCAGCAGCAGCACUUGCAGCAGCAGCAGCACCUCCAGCAGCACAUGCAGCAGAUGCAGCUCCAGCAGAUGCAGCAGCAGCAGAUGCAGCACAUGCAGCACCCAUCGCAGCCUUCCCCGCAGCAGCAGCAGCAUUCCCCUGCAGGCUCGCAAAUCACUUCGCCAAUCCCGGCCAUUGGCAGUCCACCGCCUGCCGCCCAACCGCACCAGACCCAAAUACAAACCCAGACACAAACCCAGCUCUUAGCGCAGGCCAGCAUUUUCUGAAGUAGCGCGUGUCUUGCGCAGCUCUGCUCCGCAUUUCCGAAUCGGGCCCGGGGCUCAACUGCGUACGGGAGCAGUUCGUACAUCGUUGGUGGUGGUUAUGCACGGACGCAUAACAGAUCGAGGGAGCCUCCUAUGCUGUCUAUUAGAUAGGCAAUAAAGAACUACAGUGUAGCUGUGUAUAAUCUUUUAGGUGACUAUAAAUACCUUUUUCUUUCUUUUUGGUCUCCUUCCCCCGCCCCCCCUUUCCUAAAACGAAAAAGCUGUGCUCUCUUCUUUUCUCUCUCUCCAUGCGAUGCCUUUUUAAUUUAUUUCAAGCUGUACCUACAUGAUGUGAAUCAGACGGUCGUGGUUCUACCGGGGCAUUACGAGUUGGGGGGAACCGCUGGCCUUUUCACCAUUUGGAAUGAAUCGCUGUCCUUUCUUGCAGAAUCAGUUAACGCACUUCAAAACAAGUUGGGUUCUUUUUUAUAUAUCUAUAUUAAAAAUUGAACUCGCAAAGCCCUUUAAAAGCACAGUUGUAACUACCUGUAAAAUGUCGAUUGGAUUUCAUACAAUCAUGCUCAUACAACAUGAGUAAUUGAUGCUGUUUUUCUCAGUCAUAAAGAGAACACUAAUGUAAAAAAAAAUCAGACUUUUUCUUUGCCAAAGCUCCUUUUCUUUUCCUUUUUUAAAAAUGUCUUCUGAAGAAAUACGAGUGAAAGUUUUUAAAUGUCAAAGCCUAUCUUAUCAUCUUCGCUAUAAUUUCUCCAAAUACUGCAGUACACUUUGUAAUAAAAUAUAUUCUUAACUUGCUCUGCUCAUUCCACCUUAAAAAAAAAAAUGUGAAUAUUCUAUUGUGUUUGGGUGACAACUUUCAGAUUUAUUACACUGUAUUUUUUAAAAAAGGAAAUGCACUUAAAUUAAAAAAGCCCUGUUAUUACAAAAAAAGGAGAGAAGGAAAAAAAUGUGAGUUUUUUUAAAAUGCUGUAAUAUCAGUAGACUAUUUAAAAGGAUUGCCACAUCUGCAUAAUCAGUGUAAAUAUUUUCUUUUAAAAAGUUGUAAGUUUUUCAUAUCAUGUGUUGUAAAGUUUUCAUAAAUGAGGCUUUAAUGUAAA